AUGGUCGUCUAUCAACAUCACGAACGCGUAAAUGGCAAAGGGUACCCUGUUGGCGCGAUGGGGGACGAGAUUCACCCUUGGGCGCGUCUGUGCAGUGUUGUGAAUGUGUUUGAAUCGCUCAUCAGAAAUGUAUCGAUGUUGGAAACAGUCUAUUCUCAAAAAAUGAAGCUGCUCUUGGACCGGCUGCGUUGUCGAAUUCAGCUGCCGGAUCAAUUUGCCGACUUGGAAAACCGCCGCGGUGUGCUGCCGGCGCAAGCACUCGACAUGCGCCGCACGACGCGCAUGUAUUGCCCUGGCAAACUGCUGAUUGAGUCGUUCGCGUCGCUUCCUUCCGUACCCCGAAAUCAUCAGUACGUCGUAGGCUAUUCCGUAGAUAUUUCAUCGACAGGAAUCCGCUUUCUGCACGAUACCGAGCUCUACCCCGGCGAGCAAAUCACCCUGUGGACUUCGGCUCAGCGUUUGACAUGCACCGUGAUCCGUUGCCGCCGUUUGAACGAACUUUGCUAUGAAAUCGGCGCCUCUUUUGCCGACGACGAUCCAAACGUCGAAUCGCCUCAAGAUGUCGAACAUCCUGAACACGAUGGCCAUCGCAGCGAAGACUUCUUGAACUAA